AUGGGGAAAUCAUCGCAGUACGGUGUUAUCCUUGACGCCGGAUCCUCAGGAACCCGAGUUUACAUCUACAAAUGGAAGAACCAUGCCAAGGCUUCCAAAGAUGCAACUGCCGCCGAGCUCAAGUCCCUCCCCAAGAUCAAGCUCAAGGAGAACAAGAAGAUACAUCCCGGAGUAUCGAGCUUCGCAGAAAAACCUAAGCAGAUUGGGCCCGACCAUCUACAACAGCUGAUCGACAUCGCCCUUGAUGAAGUUCCUGACAAUAAGAUCUCCGAGACGCCUGUCUACUUGAUGGCAACAGCUGGUAUGCGCCUACUGCCCAAGCCUCAGCAGUCCGCUCUUCUCAAGUCAAUGUGCACUUACUUACAAACGACGACGAAAUUCAUCUUGCCCGAUUGCGAUGCUCAUAUUCAGGUUAUAUCCGGAGAGACCGAGGGUUUAUACGGCUGGAUUGCGGCAAACUACCUGCUUGGAGGUUUUGAUCAUCCCGAGGAGCACGACCAUGGCAAGAACCACCAUACCUACGGUUUUCUCGACAUGGGGGGUGCCUCUGCUCAAAUUGCCUUCGCCCCAAACGCCACCGAAUCAGCAAAACAUGCAGAUGACUUGAAGCUGGUACGCAUGCGAACCCUCGACGGUGCCCCCUCCGAAUACAAGGUAUUUACCGCUACCUGGCUCGGGUUUGGCGCCAACCAAGCCCGCAGUCGUUACGUCGAACGAUUACAAGAGCAUUACAAUACCGACUCAACACAUGAGCUCCCUGACCCAUGCAUGCCUAACGGUCUGCGAACAACCUUGGACGGUGACCUUAUCGAGGAGAAGUCGGACAAGCCUGUUCUGAUCGGUACAGGAAAGUUUGACGAAUGUUUGACUGUGACAUAUCCUCUUCUAGGCAAGGACAAGCCAUGCGAAGAUCAGCCAUGCCUUGUGAACGGUCAGCAUGUACCUGGUAUAGAUUUCGAUAUCAACCACUUCGUUGGUGUCUCAGAGUACUGGCACACAACACAUGGCAUUUUCGGCGGAAAGCACAAAGCAUAUGACUUGGCAACAUAUCAGAACAACGUCAUGGAAUUCUGCAGCCGCGAUUGGUCAGAUAUCGAGAGUGAUCUGGACAAGCGAAAGAAGUCGCCGGAAAAGAAGGCAGCGGAAACCCGGUUGGCAUGCUUCAAAGCUUCGUGGCUUAUUAAUAUGCUCUAUGACGGUAUUGGCAUUCCUCGAGUCGGGCUUGAGGGCGGUGCAGCAAACGACACAGUUAAGGAUGAAGGAGACAAGGCAUUCAAUGACCCAUUUAAACCUGUGGACACAAUCGAUGGUGUUGAACUGAGUUGGACUUUGGGCAAGAUGGUUCUUUACGCUGCUGGACAAGUGCCUCCUAAAGGUUCGGAGCUGCCUGUUGGCUUCGGAAGUAACGUGGAGAAAGGAACAGCAGAAGAUUUUGAACAUGCUGGUUCCUCGCCAAUCGCUCCCCACACAGGGGAUGACGAUGGCGAUGACUUGGACGACAUUCUGAAGAAAUCUGGAAAGUCGACAGGUGGAAUCGUCGCUUUUAUUCUUAUAUUGCUACUGGUAGCUUACCUGCUUCGCAAACCCGACCGCAGAAGAAAGAUAUUCAGCAUGGUCACCCGACGGAAACGGUCGGGUAAACCAGGACGUGGUUCAUCGCUGGUUAGCAAGCUUUUCGGACGAGGUCAAGGGCCGUCGUAUGAGCGAGUGAUGGAGGAAGGAGACUACUCCGACUUUGAAUUGGGUGACAUCGACUCGGAUGGCAAUGAUUCUCCAGAUAACAGUAGCAAUGGGUCACGAAAAGGACGAACAUCAGGACUAGCAACACCGAGUAUUUCCGCAGGUCGGGCGGACGAGCUUACUCGCCCGCCUUCAGCAAUGGAUCGUGCUGGACUGGUGGUGCGAACCGAAAGCCGGGAACGUCUGUCGCCUUCUUUGUUAAGUGCUGGUCGGAAAAGUCGUAACGGCAGCCCGACACGUACCAAGAGCCCAUUCAUGUCACCUUUACAGGAAGAUUAA